CGCACAAGGCGUCGAGACCGCGCACGCUCUCUCGAAGCGGCAGCGCUGAGUUGGAGCGUGAGCAGCUGGAGGACGGAGUGAGUUCAGGAGGGAGAGAGGUAGAGUCACAUUAAAUCACGGAGUCACUAAUUCACCAAGCCUGCCAUUUCCCUGUCGACACGUGGGAUGUGUGUUUGCGUCAUUUUGCAGGAAAUCGGAAGUGAGCUUACUGUUGGUGCAAGACUCGAGGCUAACUCAUGAAUUAGAGCAGUUGUCCUCUGACAGUGAACGUGGCUAUCCCCAGGAAAACGAAAGAAAAAUCCCAAAUAUAAGGAUGUGCAUCUGAAUGUUGGUGUGUCUUGUGACUGACACACUGUGGGGAACGAGGCUUUCUUAGCGGCUGAAGGACAGAGAAGCUGCAGGUUAUGCUGUCCCAAAGACAUUCACUGAAUUUGCGUGAAAAGGAAAAAGGUUAAAAAGAGACGUCUUCAGAUACGUCUUCAUCGCUACGUUGAAUCAGCACGAUGGACUCACCGGUUUCACCAGAGAUUCACAUCGUUGUUCAGUGUGCGGACCAGGAUGUGCCUCCUCCAUCAUCGCCCAAGAUUGAAGAUGAGGAUGAGGAUGACCUAAACAAGACUUGGGGAGUUGAGAGAUUUGAUGAUCUGCUACAUGAUGCACACAGCCGGAAUGUGGAUGAAGUCCGGCGCACUUUCGAUGAGGCAGAUUUUGAAUACCAUCGUCAUUCCUCCCUUCACACCCAUCACCCACUUUCCACGCACCUGCCUUCGGAAGGACGGAGAAAGAAAGGGACUCAGAAGAAGAGCAGGAAGGCUGCCUCUUCUCCGAUUGGUGCUCCCACCAUAGAGGAAGGUGAUGAAGAGGAGGAGCAGGCUGAUGGAGCACAGGAGAAGAAGGACCCCAUGGAGGACAUCCAGUCAGACACCACAGGCCAGGUUCAGUUCUUUGUGUCUGACGAGGAGUCAGAGAGUAGCUCCGCACUUCCGAACCCACCUGAACAUAGCCCAAAGCAACAAGAUGCACCGCCUCUCCUCAUCAAGCCAGGGACGGCCAGUCAGAAUAGCAAACCCGCCAAAAAUGAGCACACCAUGCCAGUGGGCGCAACGGCUGGUGCCCCUUGUGCGCCGGAGGAGAACCGUGCCCUACAGAAGACACCUCUGGCACAUCGCAGCAGUUAUGACCUGAAGGAGCGGCGGAGAAUUGGGAGCCAGACUACGGUGGAUGAGGCCAAGUUCCAAAAGAUACCGACCGACGAGCUUGAAGCAGAGAUGCUGGCGGUGGCCGACCUGGACUACAUGAAAAGUCAUCGGUUUGAGGAUGUUCCUGGUGUUCGACGGCACUUGGUCAAGAGGAGCACAAAAGGUAGCAUUAUACAUGUGGGAAAGGACCAUUCCGAACUCUUCCCGAAAGCCAAGAAGGCUGAUCGGCAACCUCAUGAGGUGUUUGUUGAACUGAACGAGUUGACAAUGGAUAAGAAUCAUGAGAUGCAGUGGAAGGAGACAGCCAGGUGGAUCAAAUUUGAGGAGGAUGUGGAAGAGGAAACAGAUCGCUGGGGAAAGCCACAUGUGGCUUCUCUCAGCUUCCGAAGUUUGCUGGAGCUCAGGAAGACACUGGCACAUGGCACAGUUCUAUUAGACUUGGACCAGAAGAGCUUGCCAGGGAUUGCACAUCAAGUGGUCGAACAGAUGAUCAUCUCUGACCAAAUCAAAGCUGAGGAUCGAGCCAACGUGCUGAGGGCGCUGCUCCUCAAACACAGCCACCCCAACAAGGACAAGGACUUCACGUUUUCACGCAACAUCUCAACCUCGAGCCUGGGCUCGCUCAUGUCCCACCAUCACAGCCAGAACCACAUCGCUCCAACCUCUGAUCCCUCAGUCACACAGCCACUGAUGGAGGAGAAUCCGGACAACGAGACCAAAGUGACAGUGGACAGUGGCGAGAAGGAAUGUCCACUAUCUGCAGAGAUGACCAGAUCAAGGUCGAAGCAUGAACUCAAACUCCUGGAGAAAAUCCCAUUCAAUGCAGAGGCCACAGUUGUACUCGUGGGGAGUGUUGAGUUCCUGGACCAUCCGACCAUGGCGUAUGUGCGCUUGAAGACAGCUGUGGAGCUGGAGUCGGUGCUGGAGGUUCCAGUUCCAGUCCGGUUCCUCUUCAUCCUGUUGGGACCGAGCACAAGCAACAUGGACUACCAUGAGAUUGGACGCUCCAUUUCCACCCUGAUGUCAGACAAGAAUUUCCACCGAGCUGCCUACUUGGCAGACGAUCGGAAUGAUUUGUUGAGUGCAAUCAAUGAAUUCCUGGACAGCAGUAUCGUGAUCCCUCCCUCUGAUGUUCCUGGGGAGGAGCUGCUGCUGUCAGUUGCUCAAUUCCAGCGUAAGAUGUUGAAGAAAAGGCAGGCGAAAGAGGACAAGGUGUUGGCCAAGGAGAUUAAGAGUCAAGAGGAACGAGCUCUCCUGAAACCAAAGAAGCCGGACGAGGAGGACCCACUGAGACGAACGGGGAAACUAUUCGGGGGGGUUAUCAGGGACGCACGCCGGAGAUACCCUAACUACAUAAGUGAUUUCAAGGAUGCCCUGAACCCACAGUGUAUGGCUGCCAUCAUCUUCAUUUACUUUGCUUGCCUCUCCCCAGCCAUCACCUUUGGGGGGUUACUUGGGGAGAAGACCAAGGGUUUGAUUGGUGUUUCUGAGCUCAUCAUUUCCACAGCCAUACAAAUGGUGAUCUUCGGAUUGUUGGGGGCCCAACCACUGCUGAUCGUUGGCUUUUCUGGCCCAUUGCUCGUUUUCGAAGAAGCUUUCUUUAAGUUCUGUGACUCGAACAACAUGGACUAUCUGACUGGCCGGGUAUGGAUUGGCUUCUGGCUCAUUGCCAUCGUGGUGUUGAUUGUGGCUUUUGAAGGCUCUUUCCUGGUGCGGUUCAUUUCCAGGUUCACCCAGGAGAUCUUCGCUUUUCUCAUCUCGCUGAUAUUUAUUUAUGAGACAUUCUAUAAGCUUGUUAAGAUUUUCCAGAUCCAUCCUCUCCGUGGCUGUUCGAAUGUUACAGAGAAUGUGACCGUGCCGUCCAUUGCCUCCCAAAACAUAACCAAUGGUACAAGUGAAGAGAACAGGAAAUGGACAGGGCAACCGAACACUGCACUGUUGUCCCUGGUCCUGAUGGCCGGCACCUUCUUCAUCGCCUUCUUCUUGCGCAAGUUUAAAAAUAGCCGUUUCUUGCCCGGGAGAAUUCGCCGUGUGAUUGGAGAUUUUGGUGUUCCAAUAGCUAUCCUCAUCAUGGUUCUGGUUGACUAUUCCAUCCAGGAGACCUACACCCAGAAACUCAGUGUUCCAAGUGGUCUCUCUGUCACCUCUCCGGAGAAGAGAGGUUGGUUCAUAAAUCCUCUGGGAAGGAACGCUGAUUUUCCCAUCUGGAUGAUGUUUGCAAGUCUGAUUCCUGCUAUCCUGGUCUUCAUCCUUAUCUUCAUGGAAACCAUGAUCACCACAUUAAUUAUCAGUAAGAAAGAGCGGAUGUUGACCAAAGGCUCUGGAUUCCACUUGGACCUUUUGAUCAUUGUGGCAACAGGGGGUGUGGCUGCCUUGUUUGGUUUACCCUGGCUGGCUGCAGCCACUGUCAGAACCGUCACCCAUGUAAAUGCCUUGACCGUCAUGAGCAAAUCCGUGGCACCCGGUGACAAGCCAAAAAUCCAGGAGGUCAAGGAGCAGCGGGUAACAGGGCUGGUCGUUGCUGUCUUGGUGGGCUUGUCCAUUGUAAUCGGCGAACUCCUACGAAAGAUCCCACUGGCUGUGCUGUUUGGGAUCUUUCUCUACAUGGGCGUCACCUCGUUGAACGGCAUCGAGCUGUAUGAGCGCCUGCAGUUGCUGCUGAUGCCUUCAAAGCAUCAUCCAGAUCAUGUGUAUGUCCGGAAGGUUAAGACCCUUCGGAUGCACUUGUUCACCAUUAUUCAGGUCUUCUGUCUGGCAAUUCUCUGGGCUGUGAUGUCCACUGUUGCCUCUCUUGCUUUCCCAUUCGUGCUCAUCUUGACUGUUCCUUUGAAGGUUUUCGCACUAACCAGAAUCUUCACGGAUCGAGAGAUGAAAUGUCUCGACGCUGAUGAUGCCCAGCCCACCUUUGACGAGAAGGAUGGUCUGGAUGAGUAUGAUGAGCUUUCAAUGCCAGUGUGAGUGGACACUGAGGCCUUAGAACAAACUCUAAACCAAGCAUGGCACUGGUUGGAGGCGAAG